AUGGGUCUGUCGAACAGAGCAAUCAUCAUUGACGGAAAGAACCACCUUCUUGGCCGUUUGGCCUCGAUCGUGGCCAAGAAACUCCUCCAGGGAGAGAAGGUCGUCGUCGUGAGAGCUGAGGAGAUUACCAUCUCCGGAAACUUCCACCGCUCCAAGCUGAAGUACAUGAGCUUCCUCCGCAAGCGUUGUAACAUCAACCCAGCCCGCGGAGCCUUCCAUUUCCGCGCCCCAAGCAAGAUCUUCUGGCGUACUGUCAGAGGUAACCUACUUUCACCCUAACGCAGUUGAUUACUUUGUUAUUACAGGAAUGCUCCCACACAAGAUGAUCCGAGGAAACGAGGCCCUCAAGAACCUCCGUGCCUACGAAGGAGUCCCAGCCAAAUACCAGAAGACCAAGACCCUCCACGCCCCAUCUGCCAGCAGAUUCCGUCUUCAGCCAAGAAGGAAGUUCUGCAAAGGUAAAUACAACUUUUCUGGGUUCUUUCAACAAAUACCAAUUUUCAGUCGGACGUCUCUCGCACGAGGUCGGAUGGCAAUACCAGGAUGUGGUUGCCAAGCUUGAAGCCAAGAGAAAGGUCAAGGGAGCCGCGUACUUCGAGCAGAAGAAGAAGUUGAACAAGCUCACCGCCCAGGCCAAGAUCAACGCCGCCCCGAAGAUCGCUCAAUACCAGAAGAUCAUCGAGGCUCUUGGAUACAACUAA